ACUUACAAAGAAAUAGCAAUACUCAAAUCUGAUUGGUUAAUUACAUUCGCUUCGCAUUCUCAUUGGUCCACGUCAUUCUUUCUGACACAUCAUUUCCUCUUUCUGGUUUCUUGAAGUUUAUAUAAUUAGAUAGAUUCUCUCAUUUCUCCUCGGAAAAUUAAUUCACGAAGAAGACGAACAGAGGAAAAAAAAAAAGACUAACUUUAUUGGAGAAGAAAGAAAACUACGUCGUUUAGCAUUACAAGAGAAGAUAAUGGUGGAAGCAUGGAAAGCUCGCGUAUCUUCAAUCGUUCUAGGGAUCAUCUUGUGCGGAAGUUUAUUUGCGUUCACAAUUGCCAAAGAUGAAGCACCAAAGCUUGGGACAGUAAUUGGAAUUGAUCUUGGUACCACCUACUCAUGUGUUGGUGUGUACAAAGAUGGAAAAGUUGAAAUCAUAGCUAACGAUCAAGGUAACCGUAUCACCCCUUCAUGGGUGGCAUUCACCAAUGAUGAGAGGUUGAUCGGAGAGGCUGCCAAGAAUCAGGCAGCUGCUAAUCCGGAGAGGACUAUUUUCGAUGUCAAGAGGCUUAUUGGAAGAAAGUUUGAGGACAAAGAAGUCCAGAGGGACAUGAGGCUUGUACCUUACAAGAUUGUGAACAAGGAUGGAAAGCCUUACAUCCAAGUCAAGGUUCAAGAAGGUGAGACUAAGGUUUUCAGCCCUGAGGAAAUCAGUGCUAUGAUUCUUACUAAGAUGAAGGAAACAGCUGAAACUUUCCUCGGAAAGAGAAUUAAGGAUGCAGUUGUUACUGUUCCUGCUUAUUUCAAUGAUGCCCAGAGGCAAGCUACCAAGGAUGCAGGAAUCAUUGCUGGUUUGAAUGUCGCUAGGAUUAUUAAUGAACCAACAGCGGCAGCCAUUGCCUAUGGGUUAGACAAGAGGGGUGGUGAGAAGAACAUCCUUGUCUUUGACCUUGGUGGUGGAACAUUCGAUGUCAGUAUCUUGACCAUUGACAACGGAGUUUUUGAAGUUCUUGCAACCAACGGAGACACUCACUUGGGAGGUGAGGACUUUGAUCAGAGACUUAUGGAAUACUUCAUUAAGUUGAUCAAGAAGAAGCACAACAAGGACAUCAGCAAGGACAACAGAGCUCUUGGCAAAUUGAGAAGAGAGUGUGAGCGUGCCAAGAGAGCAUUGAGUAGCCAGCACCAAGUCCGUGUUGAGAUUGAGUCUUUGUUUGAUGGUGUUGAUUUCUCUGAGCCACUCACCAGGGCUCGUUUUGAGGAGUUGAACAAUGAUCUCUUCAGGAAGACCAUGGGCCCUGUCAAGAAGGCCAUGGAAGAUGCUGGUUUGGAAAAGAAUCAGAUUGAUGAGAUUGUUCUUGUUGGUGGAAGUACUAGGAUUCCCAAGGUACAACAACUGUUGAAGGAGUACUUCAACGGAAAGGAGCCUAACAAGGGAGUUAACCCUGAUGAAGCCGUCGCUUUUGGUGCUGCUGUUCAGGGAAGCAUUCUCAGUGGAGAGGGAGGCGAAGAGACCAAAGAAAUCCUUCUUCUGGAUGUUGCCCCUCUUACUCUUGGUAUCGAGACUGUUGGAGGAGUCAUGACCAAAUUGAUUCCUAGGAACACUGUGAUCCCAACCAAAAAGUCUCAAGUUUUCACCACUUACCAGGACCAGCAAACCACUGUUACCAUUCAGGUAUUUGAAGGUGAAAGAAGUCUCACUAAGGACUGCAGACUUCUCGGAAAAUUCGACCUUACUGGCAUUGCACCAGCUCCAAGGGGAACCCCUCAAAUUGAAGUCACUUUCGAGGUGGAUGCCAAUGGUAUCCUCAACGUUAAGGCAGAAGACAAGGCGUCUGGAAAAUCCGAGAAGAUCACAAUCACAAAUGACAAGGGCCGUCUCAGCCAAGAAGAAAUUGAAAGAAUGGUUAGGGAAGCCGAGGAGUUUGCUGAGGAAGACAAGAAGGUGAAGGAAAGAAUCGAUGCCCGUAACAGUUUGGAGACAUACAUCUACAACAUGAAGAACCAAAUCAGUGAUUCAGAUAAGUUGGCCGACAAGCUAGAAUCUGAUGAGAAAGAUAAGAUUGAGGCCGCUGUCAAGGAGGCCCUCGAGUGGCUAGAUGAUAACCAGAGUGCCGAGAAGGAAGACUACGAGGAGAAACUCAAGGAAGUCGAGGCUGUUUGUAACCCAAUCAUCACUGCUGUUUACCAGAGAUCAGGUGGCCCAACUAGCGAAAGCGCUGAUGGAGAUGAUUCUGAGGAUGGGCACGAUGAGCUCUAAGAUUGAUCUCAGAUUCAAUUGUUGUAGGUUUAGACUCGGUGAUUUACUUUGUGGGGGGCUUUAGGGGAAAGCUGGGAUGGAGGACUCAUGGAUUUGCAGUUUUCUCGAUCCCUCUUCCGUUCAAUUUUUGAGAGACAAUGUAUUGGCAUAUUUCAACUGCUAUUUACUAUGAUCAGCUGAAACAUUGGAUUUUGUUUUAUUACAACACUAGUGAAUUCAAGAUAAUUGCCUAUUUUACUCAUGUAACAUCAUCAAUGUUUACAAAUAUAAUACAUUUAUCGUUCACUUUUGAAAAA